AUGAGUGAUAAAAAUAAAAUGAGAUUGUGGAAAUUAAAUUUUCGAAAAAUUUUUCGUAAGUCAAAAUCUCCGAUUGAAUAUACAUCAUAUAAAUAUGAAAAUAUUCAAUCAGAAUGGAUUAUUCAUCAAAGUUAUUUAAAGUAUUUAUAUAAUACGAAAAUUUUUGGUGAUUCACAAUUUGAAACUUAUCUUGUUGUAUUAACUCGAAUACCAAUUGAAAAUUUCGAGUAUAAAAUUGGACUAUAUUUAUAUUCUAAUGAAAAUAAAUCUCCAUCAUAUUUUUUUGAAAUAGAUCAAACAACACAAAUUCAUGAUCAAUGUAAUAGAAUUAUAGAAUCAACAUCGAAAUAUUUUUUAUUUGAAUUGAAAUUUAUUAAUAACGAAGAUAAAACUGAAAUAUUUGGUGCAAAAGAUAGUUUUCAACAAAAAGUAAAUUUAAAAAGAAAUGCCGGACCUUCUAAUCCAACAGUCGAUCGUGGUAGUUCUUGUCAAGAUUACACAAAAAGAAAUGUUCUUUAUAACCAUCAACAAUAUCUGAGCUGUUCAAUAACUCAGUCUGAUUCUGAAUUUUUAUCUUCAAAAGUUGAACCAAUUGAACAUAUUCAAUCUUCUAUUAGUAAAAAUGAAGAACAUUAUUUAUCUUAUAUUCAAUUACAAUCAAACGAUAAUUCAAAACUUUUUCAAGAAAAGAGACUUGUAUGGAAUGAUAUUUUCUAUCGAAAUGAACAUGAUGAUUAUCAAAGUAUUCUAACUAGAACUCACGAAUAUGGUACUUUUCUUAUUCGACCUCAAUCAAAAAAAUCAAGUUCCAGUGAUCAUGAUUAUACAUUAUGUUUGUAUUAUAAAUUAAAUGACAUUCGAUGUUUUGCAAUAUAUCAAUUGCCGAUACGAAAAAAUGAAUAUAGUUUAGUACACAAAGGUUUAAAAAGUUUUGUCGAUAUGGUUCAUCUUUGUGAAUAUUAUAGAACAAAUCCACUACCUAUGUCUGCAAAUAAUGUUUGUCUUAAAGAACCUUAUAAAUAUUUUACACAUGAAUAUCAUUAUAUUGUAUAA